AUGGCAGUCACGGACGCGCCGAUCAACCCCGAGACGAUCACGGACGCGGUCGAGCUCGUCAAUGCGCUCAAGGUCACCAACACGGAGCCGCUGUGGGCGCAGAUGACGCGGCUGAACCCACCGGCGCCGAACCCGCGCACGGUGCCGCACCUGUGGUCAUACGAGCAGGUCCGGCCGUAUCUUCUCCGGGCAGGCGCGCUCAUCACGGAGAAGCAGGCCGAGCGCCGGGUCUUGAUGCUGAUCAACCCGGCCCGCGAGGCCCCCUUCACGACCGACACGCUCUAUGCCGGCCUGCAGCUGGUCCAGCCGCGCGAGACGGCCCCGGCCCAUCGCCACACAGCCUUUGCCUGUCGCUUCAUCAUCGAAGGCCGCGGUGGCUUCACCGCCGUUCACGGCCAGCGCAUUCCCAUGAAACCGCGCGACGUCAUCGUCACCCCGACCUGGAACUGGCACGACCACGGCAAGAAGGGCGCCGACGAAGACGGCGGCGACGAUCAGCCCGUCAUCUGGCUCGACGGCCUCGAUCUGCCCAACUUUGUCCACUUCCCCGUCCACUUUGUCGAACACUAUGCGGCCGCGCGCUAUCCUGCCGAGGAGGCCGACGACUCGCCCAUCGUCUUUCACUGGGACGCCAUGGAGGCCCGUCUGGCUGCCCAGCCCGGCGUCUGGGCUUCGCAGCCAUACCUUAAGAAGGAUGGCCGAGAGAUCAGCCGUAUCAUCGGCGCCUCCGCUGAGAAGCUCCAUGCCGGUAACGCCUCGCCGCCCGUCCGUGAGACCGCCUCGUCCGUCUACCACAUUAUCCAGGGCACCGGCCACAGCACCGUCGGCGACACUAUCCUCACCUGGAAGCAGGGCGACACCUUUGCCGUCCCGGCCUGGCACCGCUACCAGCACUUUGCCGACAGUGCCGGCGACGUCUUCCUGUACCGCUUCGACGACAAGCCCAUGCUCAACGCCCUGGGCUUCUACCGUGUCGAGGGCGGCGACGUCGAGAUGCUGGUGUCGGACUAA